AUGCGUCCUGUUCACGUGCUUACAAACAAUCCGGUGUUUCAACUGGAUUUAGCACCCUAUCCUACUUCCGACAUUGUAGCACCGGUGAGCAUCGUAAUCAUCGGUGGCGGUAGUCAGUCAAUAACCAUACCGUUUUCACCGACAACCGCCGCUGCUCCAUCAGUGCAAAUCCCUUUCCCAGAUAAAACCGUCCUCAGUAUCAGAGAUAAAGCAGCAACUAUAGGUUCAACCGUAUUGGUCCAGGGAGGAGAUCAAAUUCGAAUUUUCAUAAACUAUGGUCCAAGAAGAUACCUCUCCAGAUUCGUUCCACUGCUAGGAACAGAGUCAUCUAUUUUCGGAAUGUUGUCCAUUCCCUACCCAAAUUACAAUUCCACAUAUUCUGUGUAUUCUCAGAACUCCAACAGACUUUACAAGACAUUCAACUACGUUGUUAGCGACGCACCACCUUCACUUGGAAGUUUCGAUAUAUUGUCAAAGAACGAUCUUCCUCUAUUUGCCAAUUGGGCAACCUACUCAUACACCUCCUAUAUUCCAAACUUGAAGUUUUCAAAGAAACCAUUACCAGACUAUCCUUUUGGAUUCAUUUCACAAACCAAAUUUAGCUUCCAAAUGCUAUUCCCACCCUAUAAAUCAUCAAACUCCAUUCCCAUUUCAGCUUUUCAUGAUUUGGCUUUUGAAUCACAGGAAAUCAAUUUCGGUUCAUGGCCAACACCAAUGCCGACAUCAGGUAUGCCAUUCAUUAAAAGUUUAGGUUUUACGAUGAUCGAUUCCUACACUGCCAUUGUCAAUUUGGAAAUCGAAAGUGUAGCCGGCUACUACAAGACAACCCUACAGAAUGGAAUAGUACUUAACAAUACUGAUUUGGUAGAGGGUGAUUUCUAUAAUGGUCGAUAUGAAUCACUCAUAAGGAUGCCAGUCAUCACUGAAAAUCCAAUUGCAACCGAAACCUACACUGUAUAUGAUAUCACAUUACAAGCUUCACAUUAUUUACAAGGAACUCCAUACGCUGUAAACCAACCAUUAGUUCUUCCUCUUCCAUUUUUUUCUAUGAAUCCAUUUGAUAUUGAUUCAUUUGAAUUUAGACCAAAUAAUAUUGAUGUUACGAAUGGACCAGCAAACACUACAUUAUAUUUCUCAUGUAAAGGUGUAAAGGAUGGAAAUCCAAAGAUCCAAAUUUUACAGAGAAACUACUAUGCCAAGAGUGAAGCAGAUUUGAAUAUCUUUGAAGGACAUUAUGAUCCAGUUCAAAGUUUGUUUGUCAUUCCAAUAACAUUAAGACAAUCACUAUUUUCUGGUCCAGUUGAAUAUCUACUUUGGAAUUAUCCAGCUUCAUUUACACCAAGCUCACUUGCUUCACUUCCAAAUAUCAAUCAAAAUGCCUAUUUGAAAGUUAUUUCAACAUAUGCUGAUUUAAUGGGUCCAAUUGUUAGUGAUUUCAGAAGAACUUCAGGUCCAGCUGUAAUCACUGAGCAGGUACUUGUAAAUUGGACAUUCACAAUCAACGAUCAAUCUGGUUUCAAGAAUGGAUUUUUCUAUAUUACAUCCGAUGAAAAUCCCAAUUACCUUGUCAGAUGGCCUCUCUUCUAUGAAUCUAGAAUAUCGGGUGACCAAUUCCAAUCUACACACAGGGUCUCACUGAUGUUGAGCCGACAAAGCACAAAGUUCAAGGCAAAGAUAUCGUUGGAGCUAUAUGACUAUCUUGGAAAUUUGGCUACCUCAUUACCAUCGUGGACAAACGACGAUAUCUAUAUCAAUCCUUUUGUAUCGUUACUCAAUUCACCAACACAAAUGAACGAUUUGAUCGUUCAAUACGAUAAUCCAGAAGUUGCAAAUGCAACACAAGCCGUCAUCAGACAAUUCUACAUGCCAGCGAUGAAUGUUGAUGUAUCGGGAAAUAGAUUCGCCAAUUUCUCAUUUGAAAUUCAAUAUUUCAAUCCAAUCAUGACUGGCUAUCCUCUAAAAGUUUACUUUACAACGAUAGAAGGUGAUUUCUAUGUUUCGACACCUUCAUAUGUCCAAAUGGGAAAUAAUCUUAAUCGAUAUUUUGUGAAUGAACAACUGCCAUAUGGUUUCGGUGCGAAUGGUGGUAUUUUGAUUUCGAUCUACGGUGCCAUCGAUAGUAUGCAAGUGAUAACUGGAUUCUCAUCGAAAGCACUAAAGGAUAUGAGUUUACCAUAUUUCCUAACCACCACUUUCAAUGUAUCGACUGCCUCUCCAAUUAUUGAAUCGACAAGUCCAAUGACGACAUCAGGUGGAUUGCUAACUAUCUAUGGUAGAUUACUAGGUUCCCUCACUGACAACACUACUGCAUUUGUGUCUCUAGGAGGAGUUCAAAAUUCCACCGCCAAAUUAGUGAGCUCAUCGUCACGUGUCGUUAUUAUUGAAGUGGAACCAAACAGUGGCGCCUAUUUAAUCGUCCAAUUGAAAUAUAAGAACAAACUAUCGAAUUCGUUUUAUGUUUGGUUCAAAGGAAUCGUUCCACCCGAUAUCGUUCCAACACCAACACCAACACCAACGACACCUUCAAACAAACCAUGUUCAGAUUGUUCCUCCACCAAUGGAAGAUGUGAAGAUGGUGUUUGUAUCUGUACUCCUCCUUAUUCUGGUUAUAAUUGUAGAUCACAAAUUAUCAAUACCACUACAACACAUGAUCCUAGUAAUCCAACUACAGUCACCACUGGAUUCGACUUUACUGCUGGUGUGUCUGUGGUAGAACUAAGAGAGAUUGAUACCAAUGGAGCUAUUGUUGAGAGAUACAAUCUGACAAGUUGGAUUCUUACCAAUAGAACUGAGAGUAGUUAUCAAGCAUACCGAUACUCUACAACGAUAGAUAGCAAACCUGUCAAUGCCACCAUUCAAACCGAUGUCUAUUACUACUCGGAGAGAUCUCAGGUUAAGUUUGGCAGUAAGAAUCUAACGAUGGAUCCAUUCACCUUGAAGUAUACAAUCACAGUCGCCACCUAUCCCUUUAAAGACAGGCUAAACUACCUGCAAGUUAUCUUGUCUGCCAACAUCAACCCAACCAACUCUGAUAGUUGUUCGAGUCAAGAAGCAGAUCCAAGUCAAGAGUUGACAUGGAUCAAGCUGAGAGUCAACGACAAGAGUUUGUACGGACGUUUCAUCGAUACCGCCAUAAUCGAUGGUAUAGAAACCAAAGUAAGAAACACACUUCUCAAUGCUAAUGCAACCGAUGGAGGUGCAGAAUCGGCCGAUCACACCAAUGUAUAUUUCGUGGGAAUCAACAUACCUAAUUUCCAAACUGUUGCAAUGUUGGACCCAGAUUUCUCAGUGCUACUCGACGAUAACUCUGUCUGUAAAAGUACAGGAUUAACAACACUCCAGAAAAUCGGUAUCAUUAUAGGAUCUGUUCUAGGUUUUAUUAUUCUCGCCACCAUUUUAGUUUUUAUUAUCAAAAGAAAAUAUGGAUACAAAAUUAAAAUGAUGAUGGAAGAAAGAAAAAAUCAAAAGAGUGUAGAAUUAGAUUAA